AUGAUGGAAAACCGAGCCAAACAGUGCCGUCUACUGCUGUACAUCGCACGGAUACGGUUCCCUCGCUAUCCGGCCUUCUAUUUCCCUGUGUUUGUACUACUCCAAGGUCUCAAGAAGCUUCGGUUCGAUCUGAAACUACGCUCGCUAGACUUUUAUCUGCAACCCAUACCGAAUGUUCUGUUCGAGCUGCUUCAAUCUGACCAGCUAGUGAACUCGGAGCACACGCUCUUCGUAUCGCCAACCGUGUUUCGAGAGUACGUGGUGGAGCAUGAAAUUAAUUGGAUAAAUCUUGUACUGAAGGUGGCAAAAUCGACGGAGCCAACAGAAACUCAGCAAGGGAAAAGUCUCGUAUCGAUCAUACUGAACAAACAUGAUGUGUCUUUGCUCUGCCAAAUAGCAUCCCAUCCGGAAGUGCCGCUAACUGCACUGUGGGUCAAAGAGAACCUGGUGGAAAAUCUGAACGAACGUUACACCCGGAGCGGUGAACGGUAUUGGGGCCGUUUACAACGUAUCGCCGAUGGUCAGCAUCUGCCAGCGAUUGUCUCCAAAGCGAACAUCUUCAUCUACCAGACACCGUACGAUUUGAGCUCCGAUAUGGUAGAUUUCAUCCUGGGAAGAUACUUUGAAACACCGCGGCUGCUCUAUCGGAACCACACCUAUCAGGUGCCCCUAACGGAACGCUUUUUGGGGAAUACAUUCUACACGAAAAAUUUCGCCAUUCUCGUACACAUGAAGUCGCUUUGGUUUAAAUGUCUUAACCUCGAUUCGACGGCCGGUGGAUUUGAGAUGAGUGGCAUCGUGCAGAAAAGUCUAACGACACUGCAGCAAACGACGACAUACAACAACUUUUUGCUUCCUGAACGCUUCGAUGGAUCGAACAUGCGACCAAUCUGUCCGUACGGGUUGCGGAAGUAUUAUGACUCCCUGCGAUCGUCACUGCAGGCGUAUAUGAAGAUGGAGAACAAUGGAUUAGUACGGAACGGAAUUUAUCCGGUGUUUAUGCUGCGCGGGGAACGUGGCAUCGGCAAGAUGGUGGUACUGCGUUCAGUUGCGAGUGUGCUCGGUAUUCCUAUUUACUAUGCGGAUUGCAGCGAAAUCAUGACCUCCAUCAGCUCCCAAACGGAGACGAAGUUGAGUAGCGCCUUCAACAAGGCAAAGGUUUGUGAGCCUUUGAUUAUUUGUCUGGAAAACUUUGAAGUGUUCGGUGUGGACAACGAAGGCCAUGAGGAUCAGCGUAUAACAGGCUCGUUUCAGGCGGAACUAUCCACCCUCUUCGGUAGGAAAUAUUCCCAUUCCGUGGUGGUAGUGGCACUGGCAAACCAGAAAGAUUCGAACACACCAAAAUUGACCUCACUGUUCCUGGAGGUGAUACAGCUUCAUCCACCAACCACCGGUGAACGGUUGGAGCUUUUGCGCUGGAUCUCCCUAAGCCAUCGCACCCGUCUUCCGACCCGACAGCUGCAAGCGAUUGCAGAACAAAGCCAAGGCUUUACGCUGUGCGAUUUGGAGCUUCUGUACGGCAAUGCAUUGGAAGCGUGGCGUCGUUCAAAGGACGAACGAAUAAAAUCAAAACAUUUCCUCGACUCGCUGGAAAGCAUGCAAUCAACCUUCUCGGACAGUCUCGGUGCACCGAAAGUGCCAAAGGUGCUGUGGUCCGAAAUUGGCGGAUUGGCAAAGCUGAAAUCGGAAAUACAAAACUCGAUCGGUUUACCGUUGCGCCACAAGCAUCUGAUGGGAAAGAACAUGCGCCGAUCGGGCAUACUUCUGUACGGACCACCGGGCACCGGAAAGACCCUGAUUGCGAAGGCCGUUGCGACCGAGUGCAACUUAAGCUUCCUUUCCGUACAGGGACCCGAGCUGCUGAACAUGUACGUUGGACAGAGCGAGCAGAAUGUGCGGGAAGUGUUCGCCCGGGCAAGGACUGCUUCGCCGUGCGUACUGUUUCUGGACGAACUUGACUCGCUGGCACCGAAUCGGGGCGUGAGUGGGGAUUCGGGUGGCGUUAUGGAUCGGGUGGUUUCACAGAUGCUCAGCGAGAUGGACGGAAUAUCGAAGGAUCCAGGGCAGCAAAUUUUCAUACUGGCGGCAACGAAUCGACCCGAUCUAAUUGAUCCUGCACUUUUACGGCCGGGUCGGUUCGAUAAGCUACUGUACGUGGGUCCGAGCUGUACCGUGGAAGACAAGGAAAGUGUGCUGCGUGCCGUGACGGGACGAUUCCGGCUAGCGACGAACCUUACACUUCGAAAGAUCGCUGAGUGCCUCCAUCAGGAUAUGACGGGUGCGGAUAUGUACUCGAUCUGUUCGAACGCGUGGCUGAGUGCGGUACGGCGCACCGUUAAAGAAACCAUCGCAGGAGAUUCCAUCGAAGAGGGUCUUAGUGCGGAUCAAGUGAUCGUAACGGAGGAAGAUUUCAAGGAAGCGAUCAAAAAGUUCAUCCCCUCUAUAAGCCCCGCCGAUAUGGCGUAUUUUAACCAAUUGAAGGGAAACUUUAGCGUGUGA